AACGCCGACCAUCACACGCUUCUCCUCCCUCUACCGUGGCCUUCUCCACCACCAACCACGUCUGCACCAUCUUCCCCACCACCCCCCUCCACUCCAAUAUCCCCAUCCCCCUCCUUCCCUUCUUCCUCCUCCCAAUCGGAACUACAAUUUCCUCUCUCUCUCGCUAGCUGCUGACCUGAGAAGAAGAAGAAGGAAAGGAAGAAACAAGGGUUCAAGAUGGGUCCGAUUGUCUUGACCCAGUUGGCCACCGGCCUGGGAGUGCUGGCGGGAGCCGUGCUGGUGAAAUCGGCCAUAGAGCAGAAGCCCAUGGCUGGGGGCUGGCCUCGCUGCCCAACCUGCAACGGCACCGGCCGCGUUAGCUGCCUCUGCGCCCGCUGGUCCGACGGGGACAUCGGCUGCAGGACCUGCGCCGGGUCCGGGAGGAUGGCGUGCAGCAGCUGUGGGGGGACAGGCACCGGCCGUCCCAUUCCCGCCGCCUUGUCCGUGAAGAAGAGCAACCACAACCACCACCAUCCUCACUGAAGCUCCAAAGUUUCAGCCCGAGGUUUCUUCACCGUUCCCCUUCUCUUUCUGUUCCUUUUCCAAUUCUUGUUGGGAUGAGGGAGGGAGGAUGGGGAUGCCUGAAUGGUGUUGUUUUGUAUUUUA